AAAUGAAAGUAAGCAUUACAGCAGUUCAAGGCGGGUCAACCCUGUCUGUUGGCGGUUGCGGUCUAAACAGUGGACUCGCCGAGUCAUUCCCUCGGUUCAAAGAAAAGAAAUUUCUUCCGCUUUGAAAUUACAUGACUGUUAAAUCUGACAGUUUAUAUGUUAUAACCACCAAUUAACACCACAAAAUCUCAAAAAUUUCAGCAAACAAUCAUUGGAAUUCGUUCUCAGUUCAGAUACUAAAGCCCUAUGGAUUUCGAUUUCGAUUUCGAUUUCCAAAAAAAGAGGGUUCUAAUUGUCAUCUUCAUCGUUGGAAUCAUUGGUCUCGGUAUUACAGCUGAUAAAUGUCGGCAACUGGUUGGGGAAGAUUAUUCAUCCCAGAGUGGAAAGUUUACCAUCUUUAACUGCUUUGACAUGAGCACUGGAACCCUGGCAUGCACAGUGAAGGAAGGUGUGAAGCUUUAUUUCUACAACUUGAGGACGGCUCAUGUUGAGAGGGCUAGGAAUCUUGCAAUUGAGCGUUCAUUAAUUGAUGCAAUGGGACAGGGACUAUCUGCAACUGAUGCAGCAAAACAAGCACAGAAAGAAGGGGCAAAGGCUGCUAAAUUGGCAAAGCGUCAAGGAAAACGUAUUAUAGGUCCCAUUAUUUCUUCAGGCUGGGACUUUUUCGAAGCUCUUUAUUAUGGUGGUACCAUGACAGAAGGAUUCCUAAGGGGCAGCGGAACAUUAGUUGGUGCCUAUGCUGGAGGGUAUCUCGGCGAGGCAAGUCUUGGACGCUUUGGCUAUCUUGUUGGAAGUCAUCUGGGUAGUUGGGUUGGAGGUAGGAUAGGACUAAUGGUGUAUGACGUGGUUAAUGGAGUGGAAUACCUGCUUCAAAUUUACCAAGGUGGAGCUAGCGAAGUUCGUGAGAAAUUUGAAAACUCUGAAGUUUCUGAAGACUUCAAUGUCUACGAAACACCUGCAUAUACAAGCUCCAAGGUGUCCGACGACUCCAAUGUGUAUGAAUCUCCUGCAGACAGAAGCUCCGAGGUUCCUGAAGACACUAAUAUUUAUGAAUCAACUACUUACGAAAACUCUGAAUCAUAUGAAAAUUCUGAAUUUAGGUGAAAAUUUGUAGUCUUUAUAGUGUUAUGAUAUUACCCAAAGCAGAUGUAAUGUAACUUAUGUAACAUAUAAUUAGCAACUCAGGAAGGAAAUGUGCAGGAACAACAGAUUGUUGGAUUGUUUAAUUAUAAAUUUAUGUUUAGAUUUAUUUUA